AUGCACAAUCAAGCACACCACUCUAGAGACCACAGGCCCUUUGCACCAAUUUCCUCUGCAGCAAUUCAGGGCAGAGCUGGGUUUGUGAAGUCGCCACUGUCUGAGACUAAGCUUACAGGGGACACCUUUGAGCUGUACUGCGAGGUGGUCGGUAACCCCAUUCCAGAGAUCCAGUGGUGGUACGCUGAGGUCAACCGAGCCGAAUCCUUCAAGCAGCUGUGGGACGGAGCCCGCAAGCGUCGGGUAUCCAUCAACAUGGCCUCCGGCACCAAUGUGGUCAGUGUGCUCGGCAUCACGCGCCUUACACUGGAGGACUCUGGGACCUAUGAGUGCCGGGCAAGCAACGACCCGAGGCGCAAUGACCUCCGACAAAACCCAGCCAUCACCUGGAUCCGAGCCCAGGCCACCAUUUCAGUGCUACAGAAACCAAAGAUCAAUGCCUCCGAUCAGAUCAUUCUGUCAAUGGACCCACCUAUCAAACCAAUUAUCCUGCAGUGUAACCUGGUAGCUGCCCACACACCACACAAGGAAAGCUUCUGGAUGAAGAAUGGACAAGAGAUCCCUAACACAAGGACAGAUCAGAGGACCACGGUAUACAGAAUUCCUAAACCACGAGCAGAUGAUUCUGGGGAAUACUUGUGCGUUUACACUUUUGACAAGGCACCAAAUGCAAAUGCAACAACUGAAGUGAAAGCAAAACCUGACAUCACUGGUCACAAGCGAAGUGAAAAUAAAAACGAAGGGGAAAAUGCAAUGCUUUACUGCAAGUCUGUUGGCUACCCACAUCCAACCUGGACAUGGCGAAAAGUGGACGGAACGUCUUACAAGGGUAUUGACAACUCCUCUGGACGCUUCUUCAUCACGAAAAGGGACAACUACACAGAGCUGAACAUACUAAACCUGGAUAUAAACACAGAUCCUGGAACGUAUGAAUGCAAUGCUACCAACGCAAUUGGAAACACCUCAGAGACAACCAUACUACGAGUGCGCAGCCAUCUUGCACCACUUUGGCCUUUCCUGGGAGUGCUCGCAGAAAUUAUUAUUCUUGUAGUGAUCAUCGUUGUGUAUGAGAAACGCAAGAGGCCAGACGACAUUAUUGAUGAUGAUGAACCAGUUGGCCCAAUGAAGACGAAUUCAACAAACAACCACAAGGACAAGAACAUUCGCCAGAGGAAUACAAAAUAAGCAAUUUACUCAAAUGAGAUGGCUAAACUGAAUUUUUUUGACAACUUGAAAGUAUCAGAGGUUGUUUGAACUCCAGGCUGUUUUGGAAAAAUGCAUAUCUUAUCUCAUUCUUUGAGAAACAAUAUCAGCAUAACACU